UCAAAAAGGAUAAAUACUGACAGAACAGCGCACGCGCACUCGUGCUUCUGCACAUGCAUGUUUUGAUGUUAUUGAGGUUAGAAAAUGUGGUUUUGAAUGUGCGAAAUUUAAUAUAAAAUAACGAAAUAAAACAUGACUAAGGUUGUACGUUAUUUUGAUAAACCAGAAAAUGAAGACGCAAAACCGUCGACACGCAAACAGCGAAAACGAGCAGAAGCACAAGAAAAGAAGACUACAAAUGAUAUAAUUACUUAUAAUGCCAAACUAAACAGGAAGUUUAUUCAUCCCUCAAAACUUACAAAGGAUGGUAAGGUCAAGAAAAAGGUACAAAAUCCAAAUCCAAAGUAUCCCAGCAGGAAAGUAAUUGAUCCAAAAGUACUGGAGAAACACAGUCGAGGUACAGGUCUUGCUAAAGGUGGAGUUAAAACUGGUGUUCACAAGAAAAAGUUUGCCAGAAAAGAAGAACAAUUGAAGUUUGCACAUGAACAGGCUGCCAGAGUUGAAAUAUUACUCACUGAACAAUCAGGUUAUUUGGAUGCUGAUGAUGGUGAAACAACCACACAAUUUACACAGAAGCAAAUUGCUGACAGUGUUGAUAUAACAGCAGCCUCAAAGCAUUUUGAGUUAAAACUGACUGAUUUUGGUCCAUACAGAUCAAAAUACACACGAAAUGGCCGGCAUUUAUUGCUGGGUGGUAAGUUGGGUCAUGUUGCAGCCUUUGAUUGGGUCACAAAAAAGCUGCAUUGUGAACUUAAUGUUAUGGAAACAGUUCAUGACAUCUCUUGGCUUCAUUUGGAGACUAUGUUUGCUGUAGCUCAAAAAGAAUGGGUUUACAUUUAUGAUCAUCAAGGCAUUGAGUUGCAUUGUCUUAAACGUUUGAAUAAAGUCUCUAGGAUGGAAUUUCUUCCAUACCACUUUCUCUUAGCCACAGCAAAUGAUGAAGGUUAUCUUGCAUGGCUGGAUAUAUCAAUAGGUCAAUUAGUAUCCAGGUUGAAUACAAAACUGGGUCCACUAUCGAUGCUGACACAAAAUCCGUACAACGCAACUUUAUGCGUUGGUCAUGCCAAAGGUGUAGUAUCCAUGUGGGCACCGAGCUCGCCGAAACCUCUAGCGAAACUCCUUUGCCACAAGGCAUCAAUGACUGCCUUGCAUGUGGAUCCCAGGGGAGUUUACAUGGCUACCGCCGCCAUUAACAACGAAGUUAAAAUAUGGGACGUCCGAAAUCUCGAAGGUCCCUUGCAGACUUAUAAGUUGCAUGCGCCGGCUUCGAAUUUGAACUUUUCGCAGCAGAAUAUGCUCGCGAUAGGCAUGGGAAACGUUGUUGAGGUUUACAGAGAUUGUUGUACGAAAUCUGCGAAGCGGCCAUAUCUCCGACACCGGUUUAAUAAUACAAUAGGAAACAUGGGUUUCUGUCCGUUCGAAGACGUAUUAGGCGUCAGUACUGAUAAAGGCUUUACCAGUUUAUUGGUGCCUGGAUCUGGCGAGCCGAACUUCGACGCAUUAGAACUCAAUCCAUUCCAGACGAAAUCACAGCGUCGUGAACACGAAGUGAAGUCGUUGCUAGAAAAGAUACAGCCGGAUCUGAUCACGCUGCAUCCCGCUGUUAUUGCGGAUGUGGACGUGCCGACACUCCAGGAUAAAGUGGAAAUGAAGAAGAAACUACUGUAUUUGAAACCGCCGAAGAUUAAUUACGAGCCGAGAAAUAAAAUGAAAGGUAAGGGUGGCGCUGCGAACUUGGCACGUAAUCGUAAAAUUGUCCAAGGGGAAGCUAAGAAGGAGUUUAUUAAAAAUAUGAAACAAGUACGUGCGGAAAUCCAACCUGGUGGAAAGAAGAAGAAAAUUCAGGGUACAGGCAGUGUUUUGGAUCGAUUUUUACCUAAAUAAUGCCAUUUGGUUGACACUGUAAUAAAAGUUUAAUUAUUA